UAAGUUAUUUAGCUGGCUAACUAGUUAAAUGAAAACCGAAAGUUUUCCCACUAACUAGCUUGCGAGCUGGCUACAUAGUUCCUUAACUAUGCAACUUAGUUACAUUAGCUAGCUACAUGUCGUUCAACGGUAUACCUCAAAAAUAAUACCUCAAUCGCCACAGUCUAAAUGCUUCAGUUUUAACUUCUCCCGCUAGCUAGCUAACGCAAUUGUCCCCAAACGUAUAGAUUCGCCAGAUGACGCUAGCCGUUUUCUGGCUAACAUACGUACAUCACUCGCUCCCUAACUAGAUAGAUUACAUUAAUUAGUAUUGGUCGAGACUAUGACGCGUCUGCUGUCGACAGCCUUUCUUUGUUAGCGAAGGUUAGAUACUUUGCUUUCAUUAGUUUACGAUAGCUAGGUCAGCCAGAAUUUCCAAGCUAACUGCACCAUUGUGUGUUAGCUACGAACUCGAACACACGUGAUGUCAAUAAUGCGUGUGGAAUCAUGGGGGACUCUGUAGUCCAGCUCGCGUCAAAUUUCUACCAUGAGAAUUUGCUGGGGGAGAUGCAGCAGCUGAGACUGACGGGCCACCUGUGUGACAUCACGGUCCAGGUGGACUUCGAGGGCGAGCUGGAGGAGUUCGAGGCGCACCAGCUGAUCCUGGCGGCUUCCAGUGGCUACUUCAAAGGCAUCCUUCUCGGCAAGGACCCACCCCCCGCGAAAAUCUUCCUGGGGACCGUGCCCCCGUCUGACUUCGGCAGGUUCCUGGAGUUCGCGUACACCGCUAAGCUGGAGGUGGAGAGGUCGAAGACGGGCGACAUUUUGGAAAUGGCCAAGCUGCUGCAGUGCCGGGACCUGGCGGAAGCGUGCCGACGGGCGGGCGGGCCGGGGACGGGCGCCGCGGGCGACCCAAACGCGCCGCAGAUCGACGUCCUGCUGCGGGACGGCCAGUCGACCGAUGCCCUGGAACACGACCCCGUGGCAGGUCUCCUGGCAACAGACCUGCUGGAGGACGGUUUGGGCGCGGAGAUGGGCGGGGAGUCGGCCCUGACGGAGAAGCCCCGCCCCCUGAAGAGGGGGCGGAAGCAGGGUGAGGGGAAGUCGGCGGCGGCGGCGACGGGGUCGGCGGGGUCGGGCCGGAGGCAGAGCAACAGGCUGGCGGGCCGCAGGGUGGCGGUGGACCCCCCCAAAAAGAAGUACCUGAGGAAGCUGAAGGCUCAGCGCAAGGCUCCAGAGCCGACCACGGCGGCAGACCCCGUGGAGGGGGCUCCAGGUGGGGAGGGGGUCCCAGAAGGGGAGGGGCCCCUGGGUGGAACUGCGGAUGGGUCCGGGAGCUCCAGGGGGGGUGGCGCUGAGAUGGGGGGGGAACCUCCGGAGCCGGCGGACUUCGCCGACGAUUACCAGGACCCACCGGAACACGACCCCAGCGAGUCGGACUUUCAGAUCGAAGAGGACGAGGAGAAGGAGGAGGAGGAAGAGGAGGAGGAGGAGGGGCGCAGCAGAGGGGAGAAGAGGAAGAGGAACGGGCAGUUCCAGUGCGAGAAGUGCCAGCGCUCCUUCCACUACGAGAAGAGCUACCUGAAGCACGUCUCGGCGAGCCACGGCGAGCAGCCGGAGGUGACGUACCGCUGCGCCACCUGCGCCCAGACCUUCGCCAACCGCUGCAACCUGAAGAUCCACGAGCGGCACGUGCACAGCGACGAGCGCCUCUUCCCCUGCAGCGUCUGCGGCAAGGCCUUCAAGCGCAAGAAGGACGUGAAGCGCCACUGCCGCCAGGUCCACGAGGGCGGCGGCGACCGGCACGCCUGCCCCGUCUGCGCCAAGAGCCUGAGCUCCAAAACCGCCCUGGUGCUGCACCAGCGCACCCACACCGGGGACCGGCCCUACCACUGCACCGACUGCAGCGCCAAGUUCUCCCAGAGCUCCGCCCUCAAAACGCACCGCAGGACACACACCGGUGAGAAGCCGUUCUCCUGUGACCAGUGUGAUGCGCGGUUCACACAGAACCACAUGCUGUCCUACCAUAAGCGCUGCCACACAGGAGAGAAACCCUUUAUGUGCGAGAACUGCGGCAAGAGUUUCGCUUCCAAGGAGUACCUGAAGCACCACGCCCGGAUCCACUCCGGGUCCAAACCGUACAAGUGUGACAUCUGUGGCAGAGCGUUCGCACAGAGGAACUCCCUCCAUCAGCACAUGAAAAUACACACAGGAGAGAGGCCCUACAGCUGUGAGGAGUGUGGGAAGCAGUUCACCCAGCUGAACGCCCUGCAGCGGCACAACCGCAUCCACACCGGGGAGAAGCCCUACAUGUGCAUGCUCUGCAACCGCACCUUCACGGACAAAUCCACCGUCCGCCGCCACACCAUGACCCACGACAAAGACACCCCAUGGAAGAACUACCUGGUGAUUCUGGAGGGAAACAUGGAGGGGGGGCGCAAGGUAACCAAGCGUGGAGGGGGCGGGGCCAAAGACAAGGAGUCAUCGUCCUCCUCAUCGAGGCCUGCGGUGGCAGGGGGGAGCGGUGAGGGGGCGGGGCAGGAGGGGCUGGGGCAGGAGGGUAAACAGGCGGAUGGGGGUGCGGUGAUGGCGCAGGUGCAGCCGGUGACGCUCUCCGGGGACUGGACCAGCACCAGUCACGGCGCCAUCACGCUGGUCAGCCACACCUCGCUGGCCGGCUUCACCCUCAUCCAGACCGAGCUGCCCGCUGCCCAGCUGCAGCCCGUCGUGGGGCCGGACUCCACCGGCAUGGCCGCCACUCAGGUCAUCUCCCUGGAAACGCCGGGCGUCGCUGUGCCGCUGCAGGUCCCGGUCUCAGUCUCCGCCCCGCUGUCCAUCCACGUCCCUGGCUCCGCCCCCUUUACCGUUCCCAUCUCCGUCUCCCUCCCCGCCCCCGCACCAACUUCCCUCUCGGCCGCAAUUUCAGAUCCACUUCCUGUCCCUGAGUCAACUCCACUUCCUGUCCCUGAGUCAGCUCCACUUCCUGUUCCUGUGUCCGUUUCACUUCCUGUUCCUGUGUCCGCUUCACUUCCGGUUCCUGUGUCGGCUCCACUUCCUGUUGCUGACACUGUGGCUCUGUCCGUGUGUGGGCCCGUGUCCGUCUCUGGAGACGUGUGCGUCUCCGUGUCUCCAGAGCUCAAUGCCAUGCAAGACCAGCCCCCCAUCGUCACCUCUGACCCCUCCCCCUCAUGCGGCGGCCAUCUUGGUGGGACAGAGGACGUGACCUUGGAGACUGUAGACAUGGAAACCAUGGAGGUGACCACUGAAGACACACCCAGCUCUUGAGCUGCACGUUCGGCAGUUUUGGGGAUUAAAUCUAGUUCUCUCUACAAAACAGGACUUUGCCGAACUCCUUAGGAAAAGAGAAAAAAUGUUUUUUGUUUUUCCGAGUGCUACGGAUUGUUUUGUUUCUUUUGUUUAAUUCAAACCGUAGAAGUAAUUUAGAAGAUGAAAUCAUGAGCCUUAAUCUUUCCAAGAUGAGUGGGAUGGCUGCGUUUGAGCUGUGAUGACGCAUGACAAACCACUGUCCUCUGGUAGUACGAAUGUUGAGUUUAAUUUUUUUCUGCAAGUCCACAAAGCAGGUUUAUUUUCCCUCCUGAAGGAACGAUCAUAUGAAGCCCAUGGUAGUGAAGCUGGUCGUGCUGGCUGCUCACUGAUAAACUACAGGAAUAAUGCACACGAUAGGUGUGUCAGAACUGUGGUUUUUUAGUUUACCAGCUUAUUACCAGUCUGAGUGUCAGUUACAGCACAGGUAAAAAAGCCAGAUGCUCCAGGUACUGAGGGCUCUGCUCUGUCAGACAUUCUGCACUCUGUUAGUAAUGCCAUCUGUCCCAGCUAGAGGGUGAAAACAAACAAAUGCUUCUUACAGCAGAAAUGAUCUGUUAAGGUUUUAAAACAAAAACUUUUCUCAUUUCAUGAAGAUCAUACAAGAGGAAUUAGUUUCUGACAAAAAAAAUGUAGAACUGUAUUAAUUGCAAGUAUAGUGGUAUUUUAUAAGGUGAAAGGACAGAAGAAAACCAUUUGCAUAAAAGUUGUUGCACUAUCUUAAAAUACCACUGAAUUGAUGGUGAUUGAUGUAUGAUUAACUGGCUGGGGGCAGUUUAUUUUUGUCCCAGGAUGUACGGUUUGUGUGAUCAGGGCGAUGGUUCUGCUGGAUGUGUAACACCAGAUAUAGUACUGCUGAAGAGAAUAUGUAGUGGUUUUCCUGAAAAACAGCGAAUAAUAAAAUCGUGUUUUCCCUUGGGGGUGUAAACAUAA